GGCAUUAUAAAGAGCUCCACGAGUUGGCAUUGUCAGGCGGUGGCACCGCGCGGGACGGAGUUAAGGUCUUCUUUAUCGGCAGUGUACGGCGGCGGCCGAGCGGAGCGAUAGUCAGUGGCUGCGGACGAGCCCUCGGGGGUGCGAGCGUGACCGCGGCCAAGCCCGCGCGUCGCCUUCUGCGGCGAGUAGGGCCUCGCGGCGUCAUCGGCGGCGAGUAGCCGCUGCGGCCUGGCCGACCAUGUCGGACGCGGCUGAGGAGCAGCCCAUGGAGACGACGGGCGCCACCGAGAACGGACACGAGGCCGCCCCCGAAGGCGAGGCCCCGGUCGAGCCCAGCGCGGCUGCCGCGGCCCCCGCGGCCUCGGCCGGGUCUGGGGGCGGGACCACGACCGCACCGAGCGGGAACCAGAACGGCGCGGAGGGCGACCAGAUCAACGCCAGCAAGAACGAGGAGGACGCGGGAAAAAUGUUCGUUGGUGGUCUGAGCUGGGAUACCAGCAAAAAAGACUUAAAGGAUUAUUUUACUAAGUUUGGAGAGGUUGUUGACUGUACAAUAAAAAUGGAUCCCAACACUGGACGAUCAAGAGGGUUUGGGUUUAUUCUCUUCAAAGAUUCUUCUAGUGUGGAAAAGGUCUUAGAUCAGAAGGAGCACAGGCUGGAUGGUCGUGUCAUUGACCCUAAAAAGGCUAUGGCUAUGAAGAAGGACCCUGUGAAGAAAAUCUUUGUGGGAGGUCUAAACCCUGAAGCCACAGAGGAAAAGAUCAGAGAAUACUUCGGCCAGUUUGGGGAGAUUGAGGCCAUUGAGCUUCCAAUAGAUCCCAAGUUGAACAAAAGACGGGGUUUUGUUUUUAUUACAUUUAAAGAGGAAGAUCCUGUGAAGAAAGUUCUGGAGAAGAAAUUUCAUACUGUCAGUGGAAGCAAGUGUGAAAUCAAGGUUGCCCAGCCCAAAGAGGUGUAUCAGCAACAGCAGUAUGGCUCUGGGGGCAGAGGAAAUCGCAAUCGAGGGAACCGAGGCAGUGGUGGAGGUCAGAGUCAGAGUUGGAAUCAGGGCUACGGCAACUACUGGAACCAGGGCUACGGCUACCAGCAGGGCUACGGGCCGGGCUAUGGCGGCUACGACUACUCGCCCUAUGGCUAUUACGGCUACGGCCCCGGCUACGACUACAGUCAGGGUAGUACAAAUUACGGAAAGAGCCAGCGACGUGGUGGUCAUCAGAAUAACUACAAGCCAUACUGAGAGGCAGCAGGAGCGGCCGAGUGACGACCGCACACGCUUUGUUUGGACGCGGAGUGAACACAAUUAUGUACCAAAUUUAACUUGGCAAACUUUUAUGGCCUGUCCCAUGUGCAUCUUAUUUAAAAUUUCCCCCAGAAAUCACUCUCCUGUUUACUAUUCCAGAGCUCUAGUUGUAGGCAGCGUGUGGCGUCUCAGAGGCCAGAGCGGCACUAGGGGGCUGAUUUUAUUACCAGGUUACCCUGUUCUAGAUCAGGAGGGUCUAUUUCCUGUUGCCGCUCUGCAGCCUGGACCUGUGGACCCUGGUUGUAAAGAGUAAAACUGUAUCUUAGGAAACCAGUGUCACCUUUUUCACCUUUUAAUUUUAUAUUAUUUGUGUCAUACAUUUCCAGUAAUGGAAGUGUUAAUUUUACUGUACUUUUUGGUACCUUUUGGGAAUCUAAUGUAUUGUAAGGUAUUUUACACGUGUCCUGAUUUUGCCACGACCUGGAUAUUGAAGCUAUCCAAGCUUUUGAAAUAAAAAUGAAAAACAAAACCCCCAAGCCUGGGUAAAUGUGGGAUGCUCUGUGAGACCUUGCCCAGUGUUGGAGAUGCCAGGUCUCCUGUAGCAAAGCAGAGGUCCUUUAGUUAUCCCAUCUGAUCUUUUUAGCUGCCCUUUUGUGCCCAUUGUCUCCAUAGCAGAGACCAUCUUGCCAUGUAUUAUAUAUAUUCCAUGUUCUUAGUUUCAGUCAAGUACAAGUUGAAAUGUUGGGGAUCUGCUGAUGGAGGUGGGGCCAAGUCUGGCUUACCUGGGGGGUGCUUGAUCCUCAGGGUUUCACAACUUCUUACUUUUUCUUCCAUGUCUGGAAAAUGAUCACAGAUCGUUUCUUUUUCCCCCCAAGACAGGGUUUCUCUGUAGCCCUGGUUAGGUUAUCCUGGAACUCUGUAGACCAGGCUGGCCUUGAACUCAGAAAUCCACCUGGCUCUGCCUCCCAAGUGCUGGGAUUAAAGGCGUGCGCCACCACGCCUGGCCUACCCUCAGUUUCUAAGAUGCUUGGGAUAGUUUAGAGAUUGGCUUAUGUCUCAUCAUUUCCCUAGCACAGAUGGUCCCUUUGUAAGCCCAGUCACCACUCACUGUUCUGUACACAUAGAACCCUCUAAGAAAUGUAUCAAUUCCAAAACGCAGUAGGGGUGGCUAACAAGCAGGAAUAGGAAGGGAUCCUUGGUAGCUUGUUUUUUGUCUGUUGGGAUCUGAGCUUUGUAUAACAACCACUUUGGUGUAUAGUCAUUUCUAGUUCGGUAGUUUUCUUAAAUAAAUUGAGGGAGACCUUG